CAGAGCAAAAGCCCCGACUCGCGAUCUUUCGUUUCCAUAGACAUUGAAGCAGAUGGAUGUUGGUGGACGGCGGUCUGUUCUGGUCCAAGCUCUGGCGCUCCUGCUUGAUGCUUGCAGUUCUGUCUAAACUGCUUUACGAAUUCCCAUUCGAUUCCGCCAUCGGGUUCCUCCCUCAGUUCUGCAAUUUUAUGCUAUCAGCCCGCCUGUGAUUUUUUAGCACCGAAUGAAAUAAUGAAUCGGCGCUGAUCUUGUAAAAGAGGAGGAGAAACUAUGGCCACAGUUGAUGUGAUAAAAUGCUGUCUCGAUUCAAUCCGACAAAUUUCGGAUAGCAUUAAAGAUGCUACUGUAUACUUGGAUGCUGGAAGUACCGAGAGCUUCCAGUUUCUUGGGGCGUUUCCCUUGUUCCUGGAGCUAGGUGCUCGAUCUGUUUGUAGCUUGGAGAACAUGUUGGCUCUUGAUAAGGUUGUUGACUGGAAGACUAACCCAAGUCCUGUGAGGAAGAUUGUGAUCAUCACUUCAUGUCUUUUGAGUGGUACACAUCGUUAUAUCUUGCGUUGCCUGAGCAUGCUACGGAGUGUUCGCUAUUGUGCUAUAUAUACGUCCAUUUCUGAGGUGGCGCACUCCACAUAUCCUGAUUCUCCUCUGGGACCAGAUGCUUUUUAUGAAUAUGAAACAUUACUCAACCAAGAUUACGAGGAGCUUGUUCGGAAACAUGAAUCAGAUCCCAGUAUGUCUGGUGACGGUAUGCUUGACCAAAGUACUGAAGAGGAAGGGUGGUCACAGCUAACUUCCAUGGAAGAUGAUGCUGAUGAAAUUUCAGGUGUAAGACUUCCUCAAGAAGAUUACUCCCCUGAUCACUCUGAUGAUGUAGGUCAAAAACUGAAAAUUUCAGUGCAUCACUUCCCUUUGAUUUUGUGUCCCCUUUCGCCUAGAGUAUUUGUAUUACCUUCCGAAGGUUCUGUUGCUGAAGCAAGCUUAUCCACCGAGCAUGAGAGUUCUAUAAGCUAUGGUUUGCCUCCAUUAAGCACUGGCCACCUUAUGGACACAGAGGACGUAACACCUGGAGCAACUCUAACAGCCCAGUUUCUCUAUCAUUUUGCCUUGAAGAUGGAUUUGAAGCUAGAAAUAUUUUCUCUGGGCGAUCUAUCCAAAAAUGUAGGAAAGCUCUUGACAGACAUGUCUAGUCUUUAUGAUGUUGGUCGCCGUAAAAGAUCCGCUGGACUACUGCUUAUUGAUCGGACGCUUGAUCUUCUUACACCAUGCUGCCAUGGGGACUCACUCAUUGAUAGGAUGUUUACAUCCCUGCCCCGCAGGCAACGCAUACCAUCAUUUAGCCAGGUGAAAGGAGGUAAAAGCCAACUGAAGAAUUGCCCUGUUAAACUAGAACGCUCUCCUUUAGCUGUGGAGAUUCCACUUCAAAAGUUCAUCAAAGAUGAAGAUUCAAAAAAUAAUUCUCAGCUCUUGGAGAGCAUAGAAUCAUUUUUGUAUGGAUGGUAUUCAGUUGACUUGGAUUCUAAAGACAUGGAGUCUAUGAAACACAGUAAGAAACUGAAUGACGAAACCCAGUUUCAGCGUGAUCGCAAUGAACUUCUUCACGGAGCCUUUGUAUCUACUGAUAAUUUCCGCGGAGCACCUUAUCUGGAGGCAUUACUUGACCGGAGGACUAAGGAUGGAGCCAUGUUGAUCAAGAAAUGGCUGCAAGAAUGUCUGCGUCGGGAGAAUAUAUCUUCUGAUCUGAAAAUCCAUCCUGGUUUUUCUAAGUCAGAUUUAGAGUCUUUUGUUAGGGCACUAGCCAUGAGGCAGCCUUGCUUGCUAAAGAACAGAGGAAUCGUUCAGUUAGCUGCGGCCACAUUGCAUGCUUUUGAUGAGUUACAUUCUGCCAGUUGGGAUGCAUUUAGUAGUGCCGAAAAGAUUCUACGCGUAAAUGCUGCUGACACAAGCCAAAGCCUCGCUGCUCAAAUCAGUGACCUUAUCAAUAAGACGACUCUGGUGGCAUCACAAGUUCAAAAAGAUAUGAAGAAAUCUGCGGGGCUUUUCAGUCUUCACGACGCUCUUCUAAUGACAGUUAUUGCAUAUGUCUUAGCCGGCGAGAAUUUUCCAACGUCUGGCUCUGAUGGUCCAUUUUCAUGGCAAGAGGAGCAUUUCAUGAAGGAUGCUAUUGUGGAUGCGAUUAUUGAGAAUCCCACUAUUUCGAAUCUAAAGUUUCUCCACGGCUUGUCAGAAGAACUCAAAAGCAAGUUAAACAAAACAGAAUCUGAUGAGAUGAAGAAAGACACUUCUGAUCCAUUGCCAGAUGUUGAAUUCGAUGAUGAUCAGUGGGGUGCUUGGGGCGAUGACGACGAGGAUAAAGAAACGACCAAUGAGCAGCAGUAUGAUAAUAUGCAGUUGAAGUUAGAGCUGAAAGACAGAGUAGACCAUUUUUUCAAAUUCCUCCAUAAAUUAUCAAGAGUGAGAAGCAAUUCCACGCUGCGAGAGGGGUUGUUCGCCUUGGAAAGCAGACAUACUGACGAUCCUUACACGAGUAAAGGGUUGCUUCAUAAACUUCUAACAAGUAUCUUAGACAAGCAAGAUGUACCUGGGCUGGAGUAUCAUUCCUCUACGGUAGGACGCCUUUUUAAAAGUGGUUUUGGAAGAUUUGGCCUUGGACAGGCUAAACCGAGCCUUGGCGACCAGAAUGUUAUCCUGGUUUUUGUAAUCGGAGGAAUUAAUGGAGUCGAGGUGCGGGAAGCACACGAGGCAUUAACUGGGAGCAACAGGUCUGAUAUCGAACUCAUACUCGGGGGAACCACUUUUCUCACGCCGGACGACAUGCGCGAGCUGCUUUUGGGCGAUUAUAGCCAUGCUUAAAUUGGAGAACAAUUUAGUGACAGGUAUAUGGAGGCAAUGACAGUUAUUGAAGCCAUAGUUGAUCUGCAAUUUCCCUCCAAGCAAGUUUCUCCAUUGUAGCUGUUUUAAGUUAUGCUAUACACUGUGCUGACACAUUGUGUUUACUUGUAAGAUUAUAGGUUUUAGUUUUGAUUUUGAAUCGUAAAAUUUUGAAUUGAAAUAGUUGUUUGACUUGAUAUAAAUAUGUAUUGAUGUGAUA